AAAAUCCCUCCCUCCUCCUCUCUCUGUCCCUCCCUUUCUCUGUGUCGUUCUUCCCAUUUCCUUCUUCUUCACGUCGUCUCUCUCGCAGAUGCUAGACCCCUUGUAUUCUUCUCUUCAUGACUGCUCCAACAUAAGCUAACCUCGGAAGCAAAAUGCGAUCCUCUCUCUCCAGGGGCCACCACGAUGCCUCCUCGCCGCCGCCGCCGCCGCCGCCGCCGCCGCCGCCGCCGCCGCCGCACCAGCAGAAUCCCCAGGAUAGCUCUGAAGCGGAGCGCCGUUUGCGGGAGGCUGAGGAGAGGCUUCGUGAAGCCAUAGAGGAGCUGCAGCGCCGUCAACGCACGGCGGCGCGCGGUCCUCACUCGCAGCUCUGUGACCAUCCUGACGUCUCUUGCGUAGCAAACGCCAUCGGGAAUCUCUGUCAGAGUUUCCUUCUUUCCUACGGUGUCAGGGUCGGAAUUGGGAUUCUUCUUCGUGCUUUCAAGCUCGCCCGAGGACAGUCUUAUUCUUCGCUCCUCGAUCUCAAGCAACUUGUUUCAGAGAAAGAUUUGAUAGUGAGAGAAGAAGCAUGCCGUAUUGGCUUGCUUUUUGGUGGAUUCACUGGGUCUUAUCAUGCUCUCAGAUGUUUUUUGAGGAAGUGGAGAAAGAAAGAGACACCACUGAAUGCAAUUUUAGCAGGUUCAGUUGCAGGCUUGUCUGUUUUGGCCUUAGAUGACUCCAACAGGAGGCGCACACUUGCUCUAUACCUCUUAGCUAGGUUAGCUCAGUGCGCUUAUAAUUCAGCAAAGUAUAACAACAAAUUUCACCUUUGGGGAAGCCACUGGAGACAUGGGGAUUCAUUGCUCUUUGCUUUUGCAUGCGCCCAGGUUAUGUACGCCUUCAUAAUGCACCCUGAGAGUUUACCAAAAUCAUAUCAAGAUUUUAUUCAGAAGACUGGCCCAGUUGCACAGCCUGUCUACAGGGCUGUAAGGGAUAGCUGCAGAGGUGGCCCGAUUGAUGUUGCAUCUAUUUCAGCUUAUUUGAGAAGUAGAAAUUGUAAUAACGUGAAGUUGGAAGAGUUCCCCUCUAUUGUUCCAUGUUCUGUUAUUCAUCCAGAUACACAUUCGUGUCUUGCUCACAAUGCAAAUGCAGCAUCAGCUACAUUCCGGAAAACAUUUCCACUAUAUUUCUCUUUAACAUUUGUCCCAUUCGUUGUUUUGCGCCUACAGAAGUUCAUGGAGUCCCCCAUUCAUACCUCCUGGCUUGCUGUUAAGGGUGCAGUUCGAUCUACGGCUUUUUUGUCCGCAUUUGUUGGGAUAUUUCAGGGGGUCAUAUGCAUGCACAGAAAAGUUUCAUCGAAGGACCACAAGCUGGUGUAUUGGUUUGCAGGUGGACUGUCUGCUCUUUCCGUGGUAUUGGAGAAGAAAUCUAGGCGUGCAGAGCUUGCUCUAUAUGUUCUUCCACGAGCAGGAGAUUCAUUAUGGUACAUUUUAGUGAAUCGCCAUCUGCUACCUAAUAUUAAGAAUGCAGAGGUAGCUCUGUUUUGUGCAUGCAUGGGAGGAAUUAUGUACUACCUAGAAUAUGAGCCCCAGACAAUGGCUCCAUUCCUCAGGGGUCUUAUCCGUCGAUUCCUUGCCAGUAGAAUUAGUAAUCCAGCUCCUUCAUCAAAUCGGAGUACUUCAUACACGUAUUUGCAAACUCUUGAUGCCAUUAAGAAGCCGAAAUUGCAGGAGAGCCAAGAGACCGAAGCUUCAGCCUCUGAGAAAUAUAACCUGGAAUCAAUACCAGGGCUUUAAGCACUCUUCUUAUUAAGGUGCCACGGAAUUACUGCCCAAUCAUUCUUUCCAAAUUGAUUUGUGUAUGUUUAUUUUCUGGCAGGUGAAUUCUGCUAAAUGUUUACAGUAAUAUCUGUUGCUCCUUAUGAGUUUUUGAAAAGAUAAGGGAGCUUAAUUGAAAUCAUUGCCCAACUGGGCAUUUAGUGCUCAAGUCAACAUAAUCUGAUUAGAACAGAUUUUUUCUGAUAGAGAAAUUAAGUGUGAAUUUGUAAUUUUGAUAACAUUUCUGAGUUUGUCCUAAUAUAACCUGAAAUUCAUAUAGUAUCAGAUUGGUGGGUCAAGAUUUUCAA